GUGGGCAACGGAGCAAUGAAAUUUCCAAUCGAGACGCCAAGAAAGCAGGUGAACUGGGAUCCUAAAGUGGCCGUGCCUGCAGCAACUCCACCCGUGUGCCAGCCCAAGAGUGCCAGUAACGGGCACCAUCCGGUUCCCCGCCUCUCCAUUUCCUCCAGAGCCACGGUGGUAGCCAGGAUGGAAGGCGCCUCCCAGGGAGGCCUGCAAACAGUUAUGAAGUGGAAAACAGUGGUUGCCAUCUUUGUGGUUGUGGUGGUCUACCUCGUCACAGGUGGCCUUGUCUUUCGGGCAUUGGAGCAGCCCUUUGAGAGCAGUCAGAAGAACACCAUCGCCUUGGAAAAGGCAGAAUUCUUGAGAGAUCAUAUCUGUGUGAGCCCCCAGGAGCUGGAGACAUUGAUCCAGCAUGCCCUCGAUGCUGACAAUGCAGGGGUCAGCCCAGUAGGAAACUCUUCCAACAGCAGCAGUCACUGGGACCUCGGAAGUGCCUUUUUCUUUGCUGGAACUGUCAUCACGACCAUAGGGUAUGGGAAUAUUGCUCCGAGCACUGAAGGAGGCAAAAUCUUUUGUAUUUUAUAUGCCAUCUUUGGGAUCCCGCUCUUUGGUUUCUUAUUGGCUGGCAUUGGAGACCAACUUGGAACCAUCUUUGGCAAAAGCAUUGCAAGAGUGGAAAAGGUUUUUCGA